CACCCACACUCGCGCAUGCCCAGUAAGGUCUGACAUUAAGAGAGUUGAAGUGGCCGGGACCGUAGAGGGUGGUCAGGAUGUGGCGGAUUCAGGGUCUCCUGGCCCGGGUCCUGAACCGCUUCCAUGCAGCCAAUGUCCAGGGCUGUGUGCAUGGGGAGGCUGAAGCUUUAAAUCCCUCGUCCUUGAUUCCACUGGGGCAGAAUGCAGGCAGCAAAGGUUACAGCUCCCAGUCAUCAGGCCCGGAAAGCGGUCAGGAUGGACAAGAGCAGAAGAAAAGAGGGACCUUCCAGUUCUGCACCGGACAGGUGCCCCAGUAUACCAUGCUGGACGCUGUUGGGCUGGGAGCGGCGGCUGUGUUUUUCCUGCACUUGGCUCGGCAGGUGACGCUCCAUUGCCCUACCAGUAAAUCUCAGGACCACAGAUGCCCCCGACGCUCUUACCUAAGACAGAUCCUCUCCUCUCUCUCCCAGCACAACAAUCCCUUUGUUAUAGUUGUGAGGAGCAAUAUUGUGCCCAAAAGUGUCCAGCCGUGUACCUGGAAUGAUCUUCUUCUGCAAGGUGAAGUUAGUCUGCAGGAUGCAGAUGCUUCUCUGGAGAACUCCUCUGCAGCUCCCUCUAGUGGAAAUGGCCUACUUCACCAAGGGGCUGAGCAAGGAACCUCGCAGAUUGAAGAGACACCUUAUGUGGGCUCCUUGUAUGGAUCAUACCACAAAGAAGAGACGUCAUCAGGACCUGCGCAUUCGCUGCUGGAAACAAAGGAAGAAAUCGGAGUCUCUCUGCAGGAUGCUGCCUCCCGACUGGUAGAUGUAACGGAGACCACCUUACCUACCGUGCUGAACAUAUUUGGUAUCAUCAGUGCCAGGGACCCAGCAGAUUACAGAGCGGCUUUCCGCUUCUUCCGAGAGUCUGCAGAGACCGGCUACAGCAAGGCCCAGUACAACACAGCCGUGUGCUAUGAGAAGGGACGAGGCGUCACCAAAGACAUGACAAAGGCUGCAGAGUACUAUUUCUUGGCUGCCAAAGGUGGCCAUCAGCAAGCCAAGUAUCGUUAUGCCCGCCAUCUGCUGGGUUCCAAGCCUGAGGACACCCAACCAGCAGUACAAAUGCUUCAAGAAGCCGCUGAAGCUGGGGUGAAAGAGGCUCAGGCCUAUUUGGGAGUCUACUACAGUAAAGAAUCUCACUUUGACCCUCUGAAAGCAGCCAGAUACUUUUGGAUGGCAGCAGAGAAUGGCGAUGUUGAAAGUAGGUAUAACCUUGGAGUGUGUUAUGAAAGGGGAUUUGGAGUACCUGCGAGCAGACGGGAUGCGUUAAAACAUUAUGAAAGGGCUGCAAAAUCUGGACAUGAGCAAGCUCAGCAGAAAGUACUAGCGAUGCAGACAGAUCAAACAGAAGGCCUGAGCUCCCCCCUGGCCAGUCUUCGAGCAGCAGCCUCCAGCCCCUGCCUUCCUGUUUUGGAGAGAAUAAACAUCUGGACAAAGCCGAAUCGCACAAGCAGCCUGGGCCUACCCCACUCCCUGAGCACCGGGGACCUGUUCAUUAUGUCCCCUGCAGAGAGCGGCAGCUACCUUCUGCCCCCUAUUCAUGUGACGGCCAUGGCUCCUCAACUGGCCUCUCUAAGAGCCAUCGGAGUUGGAUGAUGAUCCUCUCGUACACAAGCACUUACUGUCACACAGAGAGGACGGAUAAGCUUGAUCCUUGCACUUUUCUGUGUCUCAGAUCUGAUCUAAUAUCCUAAUCUCUAUGAAUUGUCUCAGUGGCAUUACACACGAGGAUGUGACUCUUGCCUGCUCACACAAAACAAUGCCCCGUUGGCUUUAAGGACACACUAAUCCCUCCCAGUGAGUUGCAUUUGCACUGUAUUCCCACUAGGGGGCUGUGUCAGAGUAUGGUGGUGGCAGCACUCUGUAUGCCAAGCAAUGUGCAUUAUGUGCCUUAAUCCUGCUCCUCUGUAAAAGCUGAAUGGUAAGAGUGAGUAUAACAGAUGCAGUGUGCUGCUUUGUACCACAGCUAGAAGUAAUCGGCAUAUAGCAGCCAAACCAUUACCUGGCAGCGAUGCGGAUAUAUUUCAGGACAUCAAGCAGCCUAUUCAUGAGUAUGUGGAAUAUUCGCUUCACAGACACCAAAGUAUUCAUCCUUGUAAUUACGUUUAAAGCUUUUCCUUCAGAACACCUGACUACGGAAUGUGGCACAUGUUCUAGGGAUCACGGUUCCUGACUGACGUGUGUUCUCCGGUGGUGAUUCUUUGAACAGAAGGAAUAUCGGCUUUACAGUAAAAUCAAAACCAAAUUUUGUAAUGUUCUCCCUAUGUUAUACAGAUGUGUCCUCAAACGCACGUGUGUGCACAUCAGCAUUGCGCACAGUUGCCAUCGGACUGAGAAUCAGGCGCAUAGCACCGCUCCUGGACAGCGAUUCCUGAAUUUUCGUAUUUAUUUCUGAACUUAGGGGGGUUCCGUAAGGAGGCAAGGAAUAGCUCUGGAUUUCACAUCCAGAGCUAUUCAAUUAAUCUGCAUUUUCCCUUUAUGGUAAACCAUUGGUUAACCAAGUAAUAGAUUUUGCACAAAGUUCUGUAAUCGAUGGGUUUACCCCACAUUAAAAUGCGGAGUGUGCACUUUAACACAGAUUUUUCCUCGCAGCUCCGCGGGCUGCCUCUGCGGCUUAGCACGCAAGGUUCCUGGAGCUAAUUUAAUCGGGCACGCGUUCUUUAGCUGUGGGUAAACGCCACGUCUGAUUGAAUCUCCAUCUUAAGGUGCAUACACACUGUGCGAUGUAACCUUACGAUUUUGUCUAUAUAGUCAAAAUUAGAAGGAAGGUUAGUGCAAAUCGCACUGUGUGUAUAGGGAAGAUAGACUGUGCAGGCAAGUCAAUAUUGACUAUCUAGUGCAGGCCAGGCCAACCUGUGGCUUUCCAGAUGUUGUGAAACUACACAUCCCAGCAUGCCCUGCACAGUUUUAGCAUUCCCUAAUAGCAAAACUUUGGUAAGGCAUGAUGGGACUUGUAGUUUUACAACAGCUGGAGAGCCACAGGUUGGCCAGGCCUGAUCUAGUGUACUAUCUAGUACAAAGUAUAGUCAAAAUUGGGCCUUAGUCAAAAUCUCAAGUAAAGAUAGUCCGUAUCGGUGGCUCAGGGGAAAUCGGAGAUAGUCAAUAUCUCACAGUGUGUACGCACCUUUAGUGUUGGCAUUGUAGCUGCAUUCAAAGUCACUUCUAGUGUCCCGGGCACUUAUUAGUGUUUUUGCUGCAGAGGAGUUGGUAUAAUGUCGCAGGCAAAAUACAACACUGCAUGACGCAAUGCAUGGGUGCUGCUCACUUGUACAUGUCAUCAGUCAAUUGUCUUUUUACCUAGGUUAGUGUCCGAGUCGCUCACAACAGCUGCAUGCAGUGUCAGUGUCCAGGGUACUGCAUUGUACUUUUAUCAUAUUACUGAUACGAAUAAGACACGAAUUUGGUACUAAAACCUGCCCGGGACGCAUGGUGCGCAAAUCGGGACUAUUUGCGUUUAGGUGUAUGUGGACACAUCUGUAUGUAACACAUUUACAAUUAUAAGCUAUUUUCCGUGUAAUCUUUUUCUAAAUAAGACCUAUUUUGUAUAUUAUUUUCUUCAUUUUUAUUGCCUUAUAGGAAAAGGACUAUGUUUGCAGAACACUUUUUCUGUUGCUUUACGGUUGAAAACAAGAUCUAAGCGUGGGGCUUUACUCCAGCACUAACGGUCACCUGAGAGCAGACCCAUGGAUAGAACAUUGUUUAUAGGAAUGAGUUAUACAUGAUAAAUGUCAGCUGAAGUAUCCAGCACACCGUUCGGUUGUAUCUACAGAUAGGUCCUCAUAGAUCUUUGCUGCAGUCGCGCAAACAACUUCUCUUGGCACGCUGGGUCGCGUAAGAAUCAUCUAUUAUAAGGUGUUUUUUUUUUUUGCUUCUUUUAUUUGCCGAAAAUGCGUCUUAGUCACAACACAUUGCGACUAGGACGUACGAGGAGACUGCAGAGUAAUGUGAUAUGACACCUGUAUCUCUGUGUGCGACUGAGUCUCUGACUCUGUACACGAAGUGCUACAAUGUAGCAGCCGCAGCUUUUUCCCAAUACAAGUUCUGUUGUGCUCUGUAUACAGACUCAGUCACACACAAUAUACAAGUGUCCUCACUUCACAGUACAGUCUCCCCGUGCAUUCUAGUCACAUUGUUUUGCGACUAUGAUGCAUUUUCAGGAAAAAUAGAUGCCCGACGUUAGCAGAGUUGCACAGGACCCGGCGGCUCACUCACUCCAGCCAUCUCGCUCUUUGUGGUGUACUGAGGCUAGAUGUAUGAGGAUUCAUCUGUAAUUCUAUUACUGUGCAUGAUUAUUUUUCCACCCAAAGGCAGCAGAAAAAAUGAUUAGUUUCUAUGCAUCUUCUCAAUUUGGGCGAUAUCAGUGUAACAACUACUCAUCGUACGAUACAGUUCGGCAAUAUUCUAUAAGGGUCCGCACAAUACGAGAACUGUUCGUGGUAGUUCUGCUAUGAGCAGUGUAUCACUUUUAGCACUUACUGCCUGUAUUCUUUGUAAAUAUCCUCUCUGUGUUUUCAAAUGACUGUCACUACUGAUAUUCUACACGUUUCUUUUUGGUAUUCAUUUAAAAAAUAGACACAUUCUGUACCAGUGACUUAUUUAUGCGGUUUAUAUUAUGGGUAUAUAAUUACUAUAGUAAUUGGAAAGGAUUGCUCGCGGCACUCUUAUGGAAAGUGUCCAGAGAAACUAUGCAGGUGAAAGGCUGCAUAUAAUGGGGUACUUCCAGUACACUGCGAGAAACCUGCGAGCUCUGAUGAGCUUUAUAAGAACCGACACUGUCUGUGGUCUUCUAGCUUUCGUUGUUUCCUUUUAAAAUAUAUGGAAAUGUGACCUUUUUAUAAUAAUUUUAUAUAAUUUGCCACUUUUAUGUUGUAUCCGUGUCGUCCAAUACAAACUUUCAAGCUUUAUUUCCACCACAUGAUCACUGAACACUGUAUAUAAAGGGAACUGCUGACAGUUGGAUAAACUAGUAUAUAUGUUAGCUGCCAGGUGCCAGUGCGUUGGGGGUUUGGUAGCGGGGCAGGAAUGGUGUGAUUGGCUGUCUCCUGGAUCACUAAAUUGUGUUUAGUAGUUCCGUGCUCUGUAACUCCCCGUGUGCUUCAUUCCCCAGAGAAAAUUAUAUAGAGAGACAUAUACCUUGUAUGACCACCGGGAGGCUCUGCAUAGUCCUUCAGUGGAACUAUAUACAGUACAGUAUGAGUAGUGCACUAAAGUACAUAUACUCUCAUGUUUUGUUGUUACAUGCUACAACUAGAGUUUAUAUAUAACCGCUCCUGUAUGUAGUUUGAUGCAUCACAGUGUUUGGGGUUUUGCACCCAUUAUUCUCCCAGACCUACUGUAAUGUGGAGUAAUCUGUAUGGUACUGCUGUGCUUUACAUAAUGUCAGCUUGCUCAAUACAGGAACUUUGCUGGCCAGACUGGUAGUAGUUUUAGGUCCUGUCUGGAUGACUACAGAACGCUACGAGCCAGUAGUUACUGCUAAUGACUCGGAUGACUAUUGCCCCCAUUUAUCAAGCCUUGGAGAGUGAUAAAUACCACGGAGGUAAAUGACCAGCCAAUCAGCUCUUAACUUCUAUGUCACAGGCUGUGUUUGAAAAAUGACAGCUAGGAGUUGGUACUUUAUCACUGUGCUAGUUAUCACUCUCCAAGGCUUGAUAAAUCUGGGCCUAAAUCUUCUUAAAGAAGUCUUGCAGCUGAGAUCCAUUCUAAUAGUAAAAACUAAAGCCAACAACAGUGAGCUCAGUGUAGUGGUCCCAGUGGAAUUAGUUACUAGUGUCAGGGUAGAGGUUGGGAGCCCUCUUUCAUGGUAAAGCUGUGUUUGAGAAAUGUCUGACAAUAAAGUCACCAUUAGCUUA